CAGGCAUUUACAUAGUAGCUUACCCUAGUACCUACAGGGAUUAAUAUAUGAUGUAUUAGUAAAUAUAUUGUCUUUAGAGGGAAUAUAUAAUUUCUGUUGUUAAUUGGCUUAAUAUAAAGGGUCUGAAUUUGGAGGAAGCUAAUAAAUAGGUGCAAAUUAGUGAAAAUUAUGUUCUGAGCUAAAGUUACAUUUUAGUUCAUCACGUUCUUCUCCUCAGUUUCCUGUGUGAUCAGGAAGUGAAGGUCUGUCUCUGAGGCACACAGGGAUGUUCAUGAUGUUUUGUAUUUUCUUAAAGUAUCUUGUGCUGACCUUCUUAAAGUGGAAAGGGUUUAAUUGUUUGGGAAUUCAUUUGUCUGUGAUGGAUUACUAUCAAGUGAUAUUUUGAGGCAAUUUUGUGUGCAUCUGUACUUUGGCAUAUUUCAAGGAUACAAAAGAUAAAUUGAAAUUUUCAGUGAUCUUGCUAUGAUGGUGUAAGUAGUUCUUGGUAGCUUUUUAUUUUUCCAAUUUGUUUCCUUGAGUUUAAAGUUACUUAGCAUGACAUCUGUAGUAAGAUUAACUGCCAUUAAUAGAGCAAAUUCAGUCCUUCUGCCGUUUGUCCUCAUUUGAUAGUCUUUGGUAAUUCUUUGUUAUUCAAAAGAAAAUCUGAAAUUGCUGGUGUUUUCUACUGUACUUUCCUUUGAUAACAUCUAGAAUGUAAGCUGCUAAUUUAUUUGAUUUUUUUUGGCCAUGUAAUAUCUAGCUUAUACUUACAAGUUUGGAACUUUUGAAUAAAUUAACUUGAAGCUUUUUCUUCAUAAUGAAGUGUGAAAUUAUGUUCUUCCUCAUUUAAUUUCUUAUUACAUUAUCUCAGAUUAUGUUGCCUUUUCUGGUGUGUACAGUUGUAUGUAUACAAUGUAUGGUCUUGGAAUUCCAAAACUUUCUCAUUAUUACUGAAGUAGAGGAAGAAAUGAUUAUAUAAAGUUGUCCUUUACCAUGAGCAGUAAAAGAUAAGAUUUGGACAAGGGUAAGGAUAUGUACAGUAAUGCUUUGCUUUAAAAAAUGUAUUAGAGAUGUUUAAAGCCUAGUCAUUUUAGGUAUUAGAAAUUCAUCUGAAUUUAUAAGAAGCAUAUUACUAAUGAUCUUUAUAGCCUUUGCACACUGCCCAUACCCAUUGUAAAAAAUAACUGAAAAUAUAAGACAUCUGAAGAUUGAAGAAAUAAUUUGGUAACAGAAUAUAUUCUGAUUUGUACUACAGUGUGGAUUCUUGGUGCCAAAGCUAAGCAUGAAUAAGAGAAAGGCUACAGUCUAGAUUUAUUACUUUCCCUCCUUCUGACCCAGAGCCAUGAAAAGCAAGUAACGUGCCUGGUGGGAUAGCGGGAACACAAAAGUGUGUUACAUGAACGCAGAAGAGGUUUUUCCCCUUCCUGGGUGGCUAAUGAGAUUUCUGAUGCCUACGUGGGAGGGAAGUGAGGGAGUCUAACCUGCAGCCCACUUUAAAGAAACUUAUAAAAAUCAGAAAGGGCUUUUUCCACAAAAGAAGAUACUCAUCUUCUCAAAAAUAUUUGCACACAUUUUUACAACCAUGCUUCAGAUUGCGCCGCAGUUAAAAUGAUCUGGGAUGAUGGGCGUGAGCGUCAGUUUGCUGCUUCAUUCUGCUGCUUUUCUGUUAUGAACGUUCCCUCUAAGUAAUUCAGUCUGUUUUGUUGGGCCUCUUGAUAAUGACGACUAAGUCAGCUUUUCUAAGGAAAAAGAGUUAAGGUAAUGGAUGGUCAAAGUGCAGUGGGCAUUUUGGAAGCAACACAUGAGAAAAUAUUUGAAAACGGCACAUGAUCUCCUGCACAGCUCCAGCCGCCCAGCUCCAGCCGCACAGCUCCAGCCGUACAGCUCCAGCAGCAGUGCAGUUGGAGCCUCCGGGAGGGAGCCACUCUGUUCUUACCCUGGGAAUGGAGCAGAUUGUCUCCAGCUUUAAGACCACGACAUCGCGAGCUGCCUGCCAGCUCGUGAAGGAGUACAUCGGCCACCGGGACGGCAUCUGGGAUGUCAGCGUGGCCAAGACACAGCCAGUGGUGCUUGGGACUGCAUCAGCUGAUCACACGGCUUUGCUGUGGAGCAUAGAGACAGGGAAGUGCCUAGUCAAGUACGCAGGCCACGUGGGCUCAGUAAAUUCUAUCAAAUUUCAUCCCUCAGAGCAGUUGGCUCUCACUGCUUCUGGAGAUCAGACUGCUCAUAUCUGGAGAUACGCGGUGCAGCUGCCGACACCCCAGCCUGUUGCUGACACUAGUCAGAUAUCUGGGGAAGAUGAAGUAGAGUGCUCUGACAAGGACGAGCCCGACCUCGAUGGGGAUGUGUCCAGUGACUGCCCCACCAUCCGCGUGCCACUGACAUCCCUCAAGAGCCACCAGGGCGUGGUCAUCGCCGCCGACUGGCUGGUUGGGGGGAAGCAGGCCGUGACUGCCUCCUGGGACCGGACGGCAAACCUGUAUGACGUGGAGACGUCCGAGCUCGUUCACUCUCUGACAGGGCACGACCAGGAGUUGACGCACUGCUGCACACACCCCACCCAGCGGCUCGUGGUGACCUCCUCCCGCGACACGACUUUCCGUCUCUGGGAUUUCAGGGACCCCUCCAUCCACUCGGUGAAUGUUUUCCAGGGACACACGGACACUGUGACUUCUGCCGUGUUCACCGUGGGAGACAACGUGGUUUCAGGCAGCGAUGACCGCACGGUGAAAGUCUGGGACUUGAAAAAUAUGAGAUCCCCCAUUGCAACUAUUCGCACGGACUCUGCCAUUAACAGGAUCAAUGUAUGUGUCGGCCAAAAAAUCAUAGCCCUCCCCCAUGACAACCGACAAGUGAGACUGUUUGAUAUGUCAGGAGUGCGCCUGGCGCGGCUUCCCCGGAGCAGCCGACAGGGCCACAGGAGAAUGGUGUGCUGCUCGGCAUGGAGUGAAGACCACCCCGUGUGCAAUCUGUUCACCUGUGGGUUUGACCGGCAAGCCAUUGGUUGGAACAUCAACAUCCCUGCAUUACUACAAGAGAAAUAAGGACACCGGCAGUCCUUAGUUUCACUGUUUGCCCGCACAGACCUUUGACGGGUGCAGGCUUUUCUGCGUAUUAAUCAGCCAUUUUUGUGAGAGUUUGACCCUGGGAAGGGUGCUUUGUAUAUGUUCUUUUCACAUAGUGCCCAGCUUGCAUGAAAUGUACAGAGAAAUGUGUGGUCGUAUUUUUUACUUUUGUCUUGUAUAUGUAUGUGUAUUGGGUCCUCUGGGCAGUAGAGGCGAAGCUCACCUCCCAUGUAGCACAUGAAAUGCUUGUGAGUUGUUGACAUUGGACAGGUGAACAGUAGGGCAUUACAUUUGUGUGAAUUAAAUGUGAACUUCUGUAUUAUGUUGCAGCGUCGGCAGUCCUGCGUUCCCUGGAGUAACUGUACGUGUCUGCCUGUGCUGGGAAGACUGUGGGGCUGCCUGUGUUGGCUGGCGACCAGCAGGAUCGCUCCGGGAUUUUGUGUUUACCUUGCGUGAAGUUCAGCACGUGCUGUUGUGUAGUCAGCUUCUACUCUAAUUUCUGUUACAGUUCUGCAAAGGUAACCUGGAGUUUAGAAGUUAAAAAAAAAGCAUGGGAUAUUGGAUUUGCACCAUUUGGAGUGUCUUUAGGAAAGAAAAGUUUUCUGCUUUUUUAUAGAAAAUCAUUUCAAUCUCCCGAGGUCUCAUGCUAGCAAAUUUUGAAAUAGGAUUCUAAUCACCGAUUUCAAAUAUUAAGCAAAAUGUAAAGCACUUUAAUUUAUAGCUAUGAUUAUAAACAGGUUUUAGAUGUUUCAAAUGACUUGUCCACUGAAUGUGACUUGACCUUGAUAAGAGGCCCUGCCGCCUGCACACAGAGCCCAGUUAAUUCUCCGCACCUCGGUUGUGUGCUUCCAAAUGGGCUCACUCCCGUGGUGGUGUUUGAGAGCCAACAACACUACCUCAGAGACGGGUCUUUGGGAAACUUUGGGUCUCACUGUUGCCUGGCUGGAGCACUUUGGUUUAUAGCUGGAAUACUGAGUUCAGUUCAGAAGGCAGGAAAGACAGUCACACCGACGUGUCCUGAAGGUGUAGGCUCUCCACUUAGGCGCACAAGCUGACAGCCGCAGCCAGCAGGCCCCGGUGACGAGACACUUCCAGGUCCUGUGGUGGGGACGCCUCUCAGUGCCAGUUCCGCCACUGCUGAGGGAGCCUGGUGUUCUUGCCUUCUUGGAAAUUACUGCUCACCUGGUAUCUGUACGUUAAUGUUUCUUGCUGAGUUACAGUUUUGGUAAAGAGGCUCUCAUUUCCUGCGUCUUGUAUUUUCAGUCCUUUCAAUACGUCUACCUGGAGGCUCACCACUUGGAGAGACACAGGAAGGUAAUAUUUACAGCUGUCAUGUGACAUCCCCAGGUCUUUGUGUUUUGCCCUGUUUUACAGUGAGGUAGGAGGGAACACAUCUGGGGACUGGUAGAUGCAAGUGCAGUAGGGCGUGGGACUUUUGGACCCGUCCUUUGGUGCAGCUCGCCAGGGGUGAGAGGCACCUCCCUACUUGGGUCUUCAGGAGCUGGUCCAAGGAGCUUCAAAUCUAAGUCAUCCAGAAUGACUCUGAAAUGACUGACAGCCCCGGGCCAAAGAAAAACUGAUAACCACCUCAGAUGGAUCUGACGUGGCUAAGGGACAAACAGCAAAUAUUUCAGUCAUUUUGAUUUUACAAAUAAAAAAUGUGUUGUGUUUUUGUCCGACAUUAUUUCCUGACUGCACUGUUCUGAGAAUGGAGUCCACCUGGUCCCUCUGGUUGAUUAGAAUCUCAGGUUUCAGCUCCUGCUGUCCUGAGUGAACUUGCCUGAUGCAGGGCUGUGCUGUGUCCAGAUGUUGCUGGGGUCUCACUUUUUCUCUUGGCCGGAGGUCCAAUUGCCAGGGCCUCCUGCACUGCACAUGCAAAGGUGUGAGCCCAGGGCAGCUCCUGGGGCCACUGCACAGGCCACCUGCUUGGGUUCCUCAGAGUUUAAUUUGAAAGUCUGGGUGUCUUAGGAUGAUGGUUAGGAACAUUGAAAAAUGGCUGCAAAUAGCCAAAUCAAACUUAAGAACCAGAUCUCUGCCAGAUUAAACAUUUUUGAAGCUUUUAAAAAUCAAUAUUCCUAGUGGCCAUUGAGUUCCAGGCACACUGGUGCCCUUCACUGCCACAGCUGCUCACCUUCUCCGGCGAACUGGAGGGACCUCAGAAACUGGACCCCUGCACGUCCUUGGGGGCGCAGCCCUGUGGUGCUCAGGCAGAGCUCUCAGGAGCCAGGGCACCUUGCUGUUCGCUGCUGUGUUGUCUUCUAAUGUGAGCUCAUCCACUGCUGCUGCAGCGUGGUAAUCAGGAGUCACAGACAAGAUCGGGGAUGGUGUGUGUGUGUGUGUGUGUGUGUAUGUAUGUGUGCACGUGUGUGUGGUUAAAUUAAGUCAUACUGUCAACCACACGUGAUCUCGUCUGAAACAGUGUUUGGAAGUGGGAACAGUUUUGUCCUGUAUGCUGAUGUGUCCAGAAUUUCAUUUAAUGAUAGAUGGAAAAUGUGUGGUUACUGAAAAGUGUGUAUCGAUACAGAAUUUCCUAAGAGCCAUGCUGUUGGGCAAAGCAACUCUUUUUCAACCACUGCUCAUCAGUUUCUGUAGAGACAAAAACUCUGUACAUAUUUUGGAAUCUGAAGAAUCCUAUGUAAAUCAUUUGUUACUUAAAUCUGUGAAAAACAUGUUUCUUUGGAGGAAAAUGUAUGCAUUUAUAAGUGUUCUGUGGAAUCAGUUUUUAUUGUAUCGAUAUAAUUGUCUCUAAGUGUUGAGUGUCUUCAUUGCAAUAUGAAAUUCAUUAAAAUGUCCAUGUUCCAUAAUUACUAUUAUAAAAGCUUUGUGUUAUUGGGA